AUGUUAGGUAUUCCAUUCGUGAAUACCUACAUCAAGAACGUGAAAGUCCAACCCGUUGCGGACUCCGUCGACUGGCUCAACUACUAUGUCAGUGCGCUGUUGUUGAUUUGCUGUUCAUUGGCCAUUUCUGCCAAGCAGUAUUUCGGCUCGCCGAUCCAGUGUUGGGUGCCCAUGGAGUUUAAAGGUGGCUGGGAAAAAUACGCCGAGGACUAUUGUUUCAUCGCGAAUUCCUACUAUGUUCCGAUGGACGAUGAGAUUCCCAAGGACCUGGAGGCUCGUCAAGACCAAAUCACGUAUUAUCGAGUAAGUUUGGGACGUUUUAUACGAUGAAACAUUUCUGGAGGCUAAUUUUUGUGAUUUUUCUGAAAAAAAUCAAUUUUUCUCGCAAAAAAUUGGUGGAAAAGUUUACACAGAACUUCCUUAUUAAAUUACCAACUGUAAAUUAUCUGUUUUCAGUGGGUACCGAUCGUUUUGGCCCUUCAAUCCAUCCUUUUUUGGCUUCCAAACUACUUGUGGAACAACAUCCACAAACAAACCGCCAUUCAUCCGAGAGCACUGGUAGAUGAUGCUCGGCAAAUCGUUAUCCUCACUGGGCAGGAUCGCGAGAGGGAAAUCGACAACUUGGCAAGGUAUAUUGCCGAUGCUUUGAGUGCUUUCGCACCAGCAAAUAAAGGGGUAAGUUGAUGAUUUUUUGGUGGAAAAUUGAAGGAAAAAUGAUGGUUUUAGAUAUUUUAUAGAUCUUGGAGACAAUUCAGAUUAGUUUAAAAUAUGUUGACGACUUCCUGGUACACCUUUUGACCAUUUUUGUCUAGUGUAAUAUAUAUAUUUUUUUUAAAGAGCUCUAAAAUAAUCUAAUUCAUUCUGAAUUAGAUAUACAGUGUUUUAUUAUGACGUUUUAUGAUAUAAACUUUAAGAAAAUCUUUCAAUUUGAAUCAAAAAUAAUGUAAUUUAUCCCAUAGCCACCUAAAGUAAUAUAAAAUUUGUAGAAACUUGCCCGUUCCGGAUUCAAUGCGGCAAUUUUGUACUUGCUCAUGAAGUUCUUAUACGUUGUCAACGCCGUUGGUCAACUCGUGAUGCUGAAUUAUUUCCUCGGAGGAGAAUAUUUUUCGUGGGGAUUCGAGACGAUGAAGGAUGUGAUCCGAGGCGAAGAAUGGAAGGAAUCCGAGGUGUUUCCUCGAGUUAUUAUGUGCGAUUUCUCGGUAAGUAAUUUGGGCUGGAUUUUGGGCGAAAUGAACGAGUUUUGUGGAAAUUUCCAAAAAAUCCGUCAUCAUGACAUGUAUAAUUUUGCAAAAUUUGUCAUAGUGAUUAUUGGGAAUGAAUGAGUGGUGGUAAAAUACGUGCUCAUAAAUUUUUUUGCAAAGAAAUUUGCUCAUUUAUAUGGUGUUUGAUACCAGGAUGACGUAUUUUCUGGACUUUUGAAGUUUUGAGAUUUUUGGUUUUUUUGGGUGAGAUUUGGCCCUCGGGAACUGGGACGAUUGGGAAAAAAGACGAUUGGGAAACCGAAAAGUGUUAUUUUUCUUCGAUGCAAGUGCCAAAAUUAGGAUAAGGGGGUUCGAUGGUGCUGCUUUCAAAUAAAAAAAAAUGAAUAAGAUUUUCGUAAUCAGCAAGGUCGAAGCCCUCAAACCGAGUAUUUGCGAAAAAAUUCAAAAAAAUUACUACUUUACAGUACUACUUAAGGAAAAAAGUAACUAUCAAAAAAAUGAAUGUCAUUUUCAAAAUCAGAACCCUCGAUUAUCAUAAUUUCGGCACUUGCGUCGAAGAAAAACAAUACUUUUCGGUUUCCCUAAUCGUCUUUUUUCCCAAUCGUCCCAGUUCCCGAUGGUCAAAUCUCACUCAAAAAAACCAAAAAUUUCAAAACUUCAAAGUUCCAGAAAAUCCGUCAUCCUGGUAUCAAACACCAUAUAAAUGAGCGAAUUUCAUAGCAUAAAAAUUUAUGAGCGCGUAUUUUACCACCACUCACUCAUUCGCAAUAAUCACUGUGACGAAUUUUUCAAAAUUAAACAUGUCAUGAUGACGGAUUUUUUGGAAAUUUCCACAAAAUUCGUUCAUUCUUCCAACUCCAAACCCUCGAGGGCUUCAAAACAAAUUUUGAAUUCAGAUUCGCCGCUUGGCCAACAUUCAACGGCACUCGGUGCAAUGCGUGAUCAUGAUGAAUAUGAUCAACGAAAAGCUCUACUUCUUCCUCUACUGGUGGCUCCUGUUCGUCGCCAUCGUAACCGCCGUCAACUUCUUCUACUACCUGUUCACAAUGCUGUUCCCCUCAUGCCGCGUCCGCUUCAUCCGCUCCAACAUUAACCUCAAUGACCUGGCCAACAUGGGCCUGGGACGGGGCGAUAUCGAACGAUUUGUGGUCGACUUUUUGCACUGCGACGGAGUACUUGUCUUGCAUUUUAUUCGCCGACACAUUGGCGGCAGAAUCACGUAUGAUCUGAUGAACCAGUUGGUCCGAAUUUUUUGGCAUGAAGCCGGUUCUCAGACCCCCUCCAAAGCCUCGGACCGAUCUCAUGAACCGUUGUUGAGGGGAAGCGCGUAUAGGAGAAAUAUUGCCGGAGAUUAUAAGGUAAGCUUUGGGGAAUUUGGUUGGUUUUUGAGGUGAUUUUUUGACAUAAAAUUUGGAGAUGGUCAUGGAUAAUAUAAUUUUUUUUUUGUUUUUUUUUUCUUUUUUUUUUUUUUGAAUCUGGAAGAGUUUGCUUUUUUGAGUCCAAAAAAUUGAAAAAAAAAAGAUUUUGUGAGUCUUCCGAAUAAUUUGCAAAAUUUUUUGUUAAAUUUUAUUUUUUUGAAUUUUAAAAUAUUUUUAAAUCUAAAUAAUUUUUUUAUGUCUUCCCAGGUGUAAAAAAAAAUUUGGAUCAAAAAAUUUUUUGGAAUUUUUUCGAAAAAAAUCACAAUUUUUUUCAACUGACGAUUUUUCGCUGUUUUAAAUUACAAUUCCCCCCGUUUUCAGCCCUCCAUGUACAGCCCAGCCCACCUCUACCCCAACCCACACGGUCUAAAAACGGCGCCGAAGUUGGACGAGAAGAACCAAACCAUUGAUUUCAUCGACGAAGGCACAUUGCCCCUGAGGGAUUUGGAGAACACCACUCCCGUCCGCUCCCCGAAUCAGAACCAAUACUCGUCGAGUCCGGCGCCCGUCACCAAAUCCAGCAUGAGCUCCGUGUAG